AUGGACUCCAUUUGGACAGCCAUAAGUUUAAUGCAGCCAAAAUGUUUUAUGGCAUCAGUUGACUUAAAAGAUGCUUAUUACUCAGUGAGAGUAUCAUACCAACAUCAAAAAUACUUAAAAUUUGUAUGUAAGGGGACUCUUUACAAAUUCAGAUGCCUGCCUAAUGGGUUAGCAUCCUGCCCCAGAAAAUUCACAAAGUUACUAAAACCAGUGUAUUCAUCACUACGACAACAAGGUCAUGUGUUAUCCCCAUAUAUUGAUGACUCCAUCCUCAUUGGGGAUAAUUAUGAUGAAUGCGCAGAUAAUGUGAUAAAUACAAUAAGACUGCUUGAUAAUCUCGGGUUUGUACCACACCCGAAAAAGUCUGUUUUUAUACCCACACAAAUUCUAGUGUUUCUAGGGUUUUUAUUGAACUCAAUCACUAUGACAGUCUCCCUAACUCCCGAGAAGGCUAGAAAGUUAAAAGCUGCAGUCAACCACCUCCUACGUCAAAGGCCUUGUAUUCGUGAGGUGGCACAAGUUGUAGCACUCAUUACAUCUAGUUUUCCUGGGGUCAUGUAUGGGCCUUUGCAUUUCCGCCUUACUGAGCAUGAAAAAUCAGAAGCCCUCAAACUGAAUGCUGGGAAUUUUGAAGCACACAUGUGUUUGACAUCACUGGCUAGAAAUGAGCUUCAGUGGUGGGUUGACUCCAUAGAUGCAGCAGUUAAUGUAGUGUAUCGGCCUGAGCCAGAUAUUACAAUUCGAACAGAUGCAUCCAAACAAGGUUGGGGUUGUGCAGUAAAUGAUCUAGCAACUGGGGGGGCUUUGGACAGUGGAAGAGCAAGAAGACCAUAUAAAUUAUCUUGA